AUGAAAGUUUCCCAAGACAGGCAGAGGAGUUAUGCUAACAAGCGUCGUCGAGCGCUUGAGUUUGAUGUUGGUGACUCUGUUUUGUUGCGAGUUAUGCCUAUGAAGGGCAUCAAACGUUUUGGCUUAUCGGGGAAGCUUAGCCCUCGGUAUAUUGGGCCGUUUGAGAUUCUUGAGCGUGUAGGGUCAAUUGCCUACCGCUUAGCUUUGCCACCACGUUUGUCUCAUGUUCAUAAUGUGUUUCAUGUAUCGAUGUUACGGAAGUAUGUGCCGGAUCCCAAGCAUGUUAUUGAUUAUCAGUCUCUUGAGGUUCAGGAGGAUGUGUCUUAUGAGGAGGAGCCUCUUUGUAUCCUAGACCGUAAGGAGAAGGUAUUGAGGACCCGGACCAUUCCGUAUGUGAAGGUGCAGUGGCAGCGACAUAGUCCUGAGGAAGCUACAUGGGAGUUAGAGGAGAAGAUACAACAAUCCUAUCCCCAGUUAUUUAUAUGA